GGCAGGCCUGAAAACGUUCUUGUCAGGAUCACAAGUUCCUGAGAAUAAGAAUGUAGAAUAGUUGCAGUUGGAAGGGCCCCAUUUGAGGUCAUCUGAUAAAAGCCCUUGCUCAGGGCCAGCUUCAAAAUCAUGUUUGGCUGCUCAAGGCCUCCAAAGACUGGAUCGUCUCACCACAGACAUAGCUGUUCUUCUUCUUCAGGCACAAGAAGCAGCUGGCUAAAGGUGUUGAGAGUGACUCCAAAGCACAGAGGCAGGACAUAUGAAGACGAGAGACUCUGGCCCCCUUGUCCCCACCCUGUAUUUGUUAGUGUUUGCUGUGCUGGUUCCCUCUCCUCAUCUUUUUAUGAAAUUCAAACAAAUGCUUCAGCUUCUUAUUCCUGCCUGCUGACAGCACCAGGGUGGCCAUGACUCAACCCAGCUUCCAGGACUGAGGGGCAGAGGUGGUGAGAGAUCUGUCUCAGGGUGAGACCCCACAACGGUGCCAAUGGAAAGCACGUACUCGAUGGAGCCUGCACCUGAUGGUGCUGGCCUCACCUCGCUGGAUGUGCUCAUCUUCCUGGACGCCCCGGUGAACAGCACGGAGGAGCAGUGCUUCAGCGCCCGCUCCCGCAGCACUGUCCUGGAGGGGCUGCCCUUUGGUGGCGUGCCCACUGUGCUCGCCAUCAACUUCAUCCUGUGGCUGCUUCUCCUUCUGGUCUUCUCAUGUCUUCGGAAAGCAGCCUGGGACUACGGGCGCCUGGCACUGCUGAUGGACAAUGAUAGCCUGACAUCGCUUUUCUAUGGAGAGCAGAGCGAGAAGGAAAAGUCCCCGUCAGAGAGCAGCCCUCUGGAUGCUGACAACAAGGAUGUGGGAUUCUGUUCCUGGCUUCUUUCUAUCUACCAGAUGAAGGAUGAGGAGAUUCAGAGCAAGUGUGGGAUCGAUGCCACCACCUACCUCUCCUUCCAGCGGCACCUCCUGGUCCUGCUGAUGCUGGUUUGUGUGCUCUCCGUGGCUGUCAUCCUGCCUGUCAACUUCUCAGGGGACCUCCUGGGACACAAUCCCACCCACUUUGGCCGGACAACCAUCGCAAACAUCCCAACUCAAGACCGUCUCCUGUGGCUGCACAGCAUCUUUGCCCUCCUCUAUUUUAUCUUCACCAUCCUUUGCAUGGCUCACCACUCUGUCCACCUGGAAUACAGAGAGAAUGAGAAGAUUGCCCGGACACUGAUGGUUACCCACAUCCCCAAGGAGAUCACAGACCCUUCACUUAUCAUCAAGCAUUUCCAUGAGGCUUAUCCCAGCUGCACCGUCACCAACGUCCAGUUCUGCUUCGACGUGCGCAAGCUGAUGAAGCUGGAUGCGGAGAGGCGCAAAGCAAUGAAGGGGCGGCUUUACUUCACCACCAAGGCGCAGAAAGAGGGGAAGAUCAUGAUCAAAACUCACCCCUGCGCCCGCAUCUUCUGCUGCCGCUUCUGUGGCUUUGAUGAGGUGGAUGCUGAGCAGUACUACGGGGAGCUGGAGGAGAAGCUCACAGAUGAGUUCAAUGCGGAGCGCAACCGCAUCACACUCAAGCGGCUUGAUAUGGCCUUCGUCACCUUCCAGGAUGAGCGGAUGACAGCUGUGAUUUUGAAGGACUACAGCCACAUCCACUGCCGCAAGCACCCCCAGCAGUCCUCUGUCACCACUGUGGUCAAGUCACACCACUGGGGUGUUCGCUAUGCCCCUGCACCCAGCGAUAUCAUCUGGGAAAAUUUGUCAGUCCGUGGCACAUCAUGGUGGGUGCGAUUCAUUCUGCUUAAUAUCUGCCUGUUCGUCCUUCUCUUCUUCCUCACUACGCCAGCCAUCAUUGUCAACACUAUGGACAUGUUCAAUGUCACACACCCUGUGGAGAGUCUCAAGAACCCCAUCAUCACCCAGUUUUUCCCCACGCUGCUGCUCUGGGCCUUCUCAGUCUUCUUGCCCUUCCUUGUCUACUACUCAGCAUUCUUCGAGUCUCACUGGACAAGGUCAAGUGAAAAUCAGAUCACCAUGCACAAGUGUUUCUUCUUCCUGGUGUUCAUGGUUAUCAUCCUGCCCUCUCUGGGUCUGAGCAGCCUGGACCUGUUUUUCCGCUGGCUCUUUGACACCCAUUUCCUGGAUGAGGCUGAAAUCAAGUUCCAGUGUGUUUUCCUCCCAGACAAUGGCGCCUUCUUUGUCAACUAUGUGGUCACCUCCAGCCUGAUUGGGACGGCCAUGGAGCUGCUGCGCAUCCCAGGCCUCCUGGUCUAUACUGCUCGCCUCUGCUUUGCCAAGUCUGAACCUGAGCGGCUCCAUGUCAAGCGGAGCCAAGCAUACCAGUUCCAGUUUGGACUAGAGUACGCCUGGACCUGCUGUAUCUUCUCUGUUGUCAUGACCUACAGCAUCACCUGCCCCAUCAUCGUCCCCUUUGGAUUGCUGUACAUGCUGCUCAAGCACAUGGUUGACCGGUACAACAUUUACUAUGUGUACAUCCCCACCAAACUGAACCAGCGCCUCCACGUCGCCGCCAUCAGCCAGGUCGUGGUGGCCCCCAUCCUCUGCAUGUUCUGGCUGCUCUUCUUCUCCGUCCUGCGCCUCGGUCCCACUCGGCCUGUCACUCUCUUCACCUUUGUGGUCCUCCUUUCCUGCAUCAUCUUCUCCUUCUUUGGCCUCUGCCUGAAGAAGCUGCAGCCACGGAAACCGUCUAGCUACCAGAUGUCUGACCAGUCAGAGGGCGCAUUCAAUGACGUGGAGCGGAGCAGCGUUUCCUCCACCCCAAACUCCAAUCUCUUUGUGGCCACUGUCCUGCAGGAGCCUGAGCUGAGUCUGACGCCGGCAGCCUCUCCGGCACACCAGUCCUAUGGCACCAUGGGCAACCACCUGGAGCCAGCGGAGGAUGGGGAGGAUGGGGGGCUGCAGAGCUUCGAGACAGAGCUGGAGACAGUGGAGGGCGAGUACAGGAGCGGCCCUGUGAUAGAGAGCCAGGCUCGCUACCAGUGAACAUCCCCGCCACAGGCUGAGAACAAACUGUGCUGAGAGCGGAGAACGUGCCAUGGGGCAGGAAGGAGCCUUCCCUGCACUGCUGGGGGCUACCUUGCCAAUGGGGCAGGGGAUGACAGGACUGACGUGAGGGAGACCCCAUUGCAUGGGCAGUGGCAGGAGGCUCGGAUGGUCCCUCCCGCUGCCUGCACUGGCUGAGCCCCCUAAUGUGCCCCUGUCCCCGUCUGCCUCAUCCAGCACACAGUGGGGAAGAGGGGGUGCAGCAGUGUGGGAGGAGGGUCUCUCUGAGAGGCCAUGCUUUUGGGGGCAGGAAGGAGGCCCUGACCCCUCUGAGAAGAGGGAGCAGCCCAGACAGCCUAGAUGAGUGUGCCUGCCACCACGCUGUCCUCUGGGUCCUCAGUGGCAGGGGAUGGCCACCCCUAACCCUUGCAUCUCACCCCAUCCAGCCACUGCUCAGGCAGCUGUCCUGCUGGCUCCCCUGCUGCAGGCCUGCUGCCCCUGCUUUGCCCAUUUUAGCAGGGACUGCUGACAUGUGUGUGUUUUGGUGGAAAAGGUGAGUGUCCCUACAUCUCCCAGCAGAGCCCCUACAGCCCUGCACCAAGGCAGGCAUCAAGUGCAAGCUCAACUCUUCCUCAACCCUAUCCCCCCAUCUUGCUGCACAAUGCCUGUGCCCUUGGGCUCUUGGAGAGAAGCAGGAGGGCAAGAGACAAGUGUGUUUAAUGGCUUUGAGGACAGCUCCUUGUCACUCCUCUUCCCUGGCAGCACCCCAUCAUUCUCAUGCUCUCACUGGGGUGAUUAUCUGCCCAUGGGACCCAGAAUAGCUCUGUCCUAAUGCAAUGGAACAGGGGGGGCAGGUGUAGGCUGGCAGGACCUGGACUUCCAGGUCCUCCUGGUCCACCACAUCCUGUCUGCUCUUGUCCACAAGCUGUAGCUGUGGGAUGCUCCCCCAGUAGCCACACUGCCUCUCAAGUGUGAGUCCUGCUGUGAUUAGUGUUAAUGCACCAUUACCUGCCCAGACAGCAUCUCUAGAGUUUUCCAGCUCAUCCAGAGCAGCUGUGGUGGCCCCUGGGGAUGAGGGUUUAUCCUCAUCCUGCUCAGCUCCUCUCCCACCAUAGCCCACCUGGCCAUGCUGGCUCCUCACUCAGCCCUGCUUUGGCCUCAGGGCUGAUUUUCCUGUCCCUGAUUCUCCUGCUAGCUUCAGAGCAACUAGAGUUGCACCGUCCCAGGGCAGUGCAGGGAGGGAAGGGAGGAACGUGAAGCUCUGCCAGCACCAGGGCUGCUGGCAUGGGAAGUGCUGUUGUGUAAAGGCAGGUGCUCAGCCAUGGCACUGGUUAGCAUUAGAAGUGCCACUGGAGGGGGGACAGUGUGCCAGUUCUGGGCUGGACGGGAGGUUAAAAGGCAGCCCAGCAGUGAGAGCAUCAAGGGGGCCCUUAGGACAUUCCUGUGGGGCUAGUGGGUCUCAGCUCAGCCGGCUGGCAGUCCCAUGGCCCCCAUCCCACCCACGCUCCUGCAUGCUGGGGCGGUGGCUGCAGCACACUAGUCACAAAGUGGUUGCCUCGGGGGAGCCUUGAGCUCAGAUGCACCCUUCCAAUCCCAAAAAGUUCCCUGGGGGGUUUGUGGCCUCCUACCCAGGUACCCCCAUGGCUGCCCACAGCUCAGCUGCUCCCCUCACUGCCUGCUCCAGAGGCAGCCCCAGGCAGGGCACGGGGAUGCUGGUGGCCUCUCUGAGGGUAGAAGCAAGUGCCUGCUAGUGGCACUGUGUCCUCAGGAGCUCGGGCUGCUGGUCUGAUUGCCCUUGGCUGCCCCACUGUAGGAAUGUGCCAGAGGUCUGUACCUUCUUGUGAUUUAUUGCUAUGACCGUGCCUUGAAUAAAAUGACUUCACCCA